CACCACCCCUCACACACUCCUCCUGUACUCUGUUUCUCACACUCAACAACAGUCAUCACUCACACCUUUCUUCCCUCCACCGCCUCCCCCUUUCUCUCCACCGCUAACCGCUUUCUCCGAUCACUUUUCCGGCGAUUUAACAUCCGCUUGUUUGCUUCCGUUGAACCGGCUUCUGUUUCCGAUCACUUUUCAGUUUGUUGCAGGUGAUAAUCAUAAUUUCUUGAAGAUAGAAGAUGCCUGGGGACAAGAAGAUUGCCAAUCCCCAGCUAUCAGCUGCAGUACUGAAGUCUGAUGCUUGUGCUUACUUUACAAAUCGAAAUAUGAUUCCUGGAAAAGUUGGGAUCCCUUCGGAGAAUGUAGUUUCUUCAGUCAAUGCUGGGUUUGGCAAUAUGAAAGUUUCAGAGCAAAGUGUUCAUUAUCCUUCUAGUAUAUGUUACGAUCAUCAUUAUCCAGGACCUAACGAAAAUCAUCAUCAGUUGGGUGGUUCUUGCUCUUGCCAUCAAAAUUGUAAUGGGACCUUGUAUAAGGAUAAUGGCUCACCUCUUUACUAUACGCACAGAGGCUACAAUCCGUAUGCAUUCACGAGUGUUGAUCCCCAAUUUUCCUCAUCUGAAUGCUACUCAAUGAAUUGUGCAAGAUACCAAGAUCCUACAUCUUACGGCUCCAGAUAUACUAUGUGUUCUGAUGGUUCAUUAAAGUCCAGUGGUAUUAACACUAAAAGAAGCAUGACCGCUUUUGAUGAAAGAUUCCCAAGUUAUCUUCUUGAUAUGCAGUCUAGACAAUCCACUUCUAAUAUUUCUCAGUCAGUUCUCCAGUCUUCGCAUCUUUGCUCACUGAACAAGUUGGGUGCUGCUUGCCAUUCUGGAAGUGCUACAAAAGGUUAUCAACAAUGUCCAAACAUGUCAUCAUUUGGCUACCAAGACCUCUUUGCAGACUAUUCCAUGAUUCACGCUCCCAAAAUAAGAGAAUCUGAAGAACUAACUUGUGGUCCUAGGGCUCAAAGCACCAUGAUCGAGCAUAACGAAGCCGAGCAUUCCUUAAAAAACAAGUACAAUCUUGACGGAUUUCAGACGAAGUAUGAAGAAGCAAAGUUCUUCAUCAUCAAAUCAUACAGUGAAGAUGAUGUUCACAAAUGUGUCAAAUAUGAUGUUUGGUCCAGUACUCCCAAUGGCAACAAGAAACUAGAUGAUGCGUUCCUUGAGGCCCAAGGAAAAAGCGGGUCAAAAUGUCCUGUAUUUCUCUUUUUCUCAGUAAAUGGUAGUGGACAGUUUGUGGGCGUUGCUGAAAUGAUGGGGCCCGUUGUUUUUGAAAAGAACAUGGAUUUUUGGCAGCUUGAUAAAUGGAGCGGCUUCUUCCCAGUGAAGUGGCAUAUAAUAAAAGACAUUCCUAACUCACAGUUGAGACACAUUAUCCUUGAAAACAAUGAUAACCGUCCUGUUACAUAUACCAGGGACACCCAAGAGGUUGGAUUACAUCAGGGCUUAGAGAUGUUGGAUAUUUUCAAGAGCUACCCAUCAAAGACAUCUUUGCUAGAUGACUUGAGCUUUUAUGAGAAACGUGAGAAGUUGCUUAAAGCCCGAAGGAUUGGCAAACUUGCUUUCCAACCCGAGAAUAAUACCAGUUCUGGGAAAGGAUCGAUGAGCACGAAUGGCUCCUUGGAUCCGGUUUCAUCUAUCAUCCAUAUCACCCGCAAUCUGUCUCUUAAUACGGACAUGCCAAAAGAUAAAAGUCUUUGACUUGGUAUUUACUCUUGGGUUUGUGUAGAUGGUAGGAUUCUAAUGAAUUUGCAAUGGAUUCUGUAAACAAUGUUUUUGCUUUUGAACUCGAUUCGCCUCUCUCGUGGGUUUUGUUUAUCGAGUAAAAAAUCGAGUCUUAGAUAUUCUUUCCCUUUGGUUUGA